GGUUUCGGCCCUAGUGGAUCCGGGUAGGUGCGCGCAGGUGGCCUAGGAGGGUUCCAGUUUUUCAGCGUGAGGUGCCGCAGGUGUUCGGGUUAGGUCCGGGGUCGCAGGAGUUCUGUGGUUUAUAGAGGCCAGUAGCAGUAAGAGCUGACAUUGAUGGAGCCCUAAUGUGCUAGCCAGUAUGCUAAGUCAGGUGCAUUGAUCACCUUACUUAAGCCUCACAGGAGUCCUGCCAGAUUGUGGGAUUAGUGAUAUGCUUUCCUAAAGAGCACAAAAUGUUGAAGAUGUCUAGAUACUUAAUGGCUUUGACGGUGACCACCCUUGUCGGUGUGGCUGUGGGGGGGUUUGUCCUGUGGAAAGGCAUCCAGCGGCGGAGGAGCAAAGCGAGCCUCGACCCUGGGCAGCCGCGGCGGCAGCAGCAGCAAGCACCGGGCAGGAGGGAGCUGUCCCCUCCACGAGAGGACCAGCUGCACGCCGGUGCCCCCAGAGCCUCAUGGGAGGAGAGGAUCCUCGGAGCAAAGGUGGUGACUGUGUCUCAGGAGGCGGAGUGGGAUCAGAUUGAGCCCUUGCUUAGAAGUGAGUUAGAAGACUGUCCAGUGCUUGGAAUCGACUGUGAGUGGGUGAAUUCAGAAGGCAAAGCCAGUCCUCUGUCCCUCCUUCAAGUGGCCUCCCCGAGCGGCUUCUGUGUUUUGGUUCGCUUGCCAAAGCUGAUCUGUGGAGGAAAAACACUACCAAAAACAUUGUUGGACAUGUUGGUAGAUGGCACGGUUUUCAAAGUUGGGGUAGGAUGUUCAGAAGACGCCAGCAGGCUUCUGCGGGACUACGGCCUCGUGGUGAAGGGGUGCCUGGACCUCCGGUACCUAGCCGUGAGGCAGGGAAACAAUUUGCUCUGUAAUGGGCUCAGCCUGAAAUCACUUGCCGAGACGGUUUUGAACUUUCCACUUGACAAGUCCCUUCUGCUUCGUUGCAGCAACUGGGAUGCUGAGAAUCUUACUGAGGACCAGGUGAUUUAUGCUGCCAGGGAUGCCCAGAUUUCAGUGGCUCUCUUUCUCCAUCUUCUUGGAUACCCUUUCUCUAGGAAUUCAACUCUAGAUGAAAACAAUGACCACGUGGGCUGGAGAAAAGUCUUGGAAAAUUGCCAGGAUGUGGUAGACAUCCCAUUCCGAAGCAAAGGACUCAGCCGCCUGGGGGAAGAGGUUAAUGGGGAAGCAGCAGAAGCUCAGCAGAAGCCAAGAAAUAAGAAGUCUAAGAUGGAUGGAACAAUGCCAGGCAACCACCAAGGGAGAGACCCCAGAAAGCAUAAAAGAAAACCCCUGGGGGUGGGCUAUUCGGCCAGAAAAUCACCCCUCUAUGAUAACUGCUUCCUCCAUGCUCCUGAUGGACAGCCCCUGUGCACUUGUGACCGAAGGAAAGCUCAGUGGUACCUGGACAAAGGCAUUGGAGAGCUGGUGAGUGAGGAGCCUUUUGUGGUCAAGCUACAGUUUGAACCUGCAGGAAGACCCGAAUCUCCAGGAGACUAUUACUUGAUGGUUAAAGAGAACCUGUGUGUAGUCUGUGGCAAGAAAGACUCGUACAUUCGGAAGAACGUGAUUCCGCAUGAGUACCGGAAGCACUUCCCCAUUGAGAUGAAGGACCACAACUCCCACGAUGUGCUGCUGCUCUGUACCUCCUGCCACGCCAUCUCUAACUACUAUGACAACCACCUGAAGCAGCAGCUGGCCAGGGAGUUCCAGGCCCCCAUUGGCUCUGAGGAGGGUCUGCGCCUGCUGGAAGAUCCUGAGCGCCGGCAGGUACGGUCUGGGGCCAGGGCCCUGCUCAACGCGGAGAGCCUGCCUGCUCAUCGAAAGGAGGAGCUGCUGCAAGCACUCCAAGAGUUUUACAACACAGACACAGUCACGGAUGAGAUGCUUCAAGAGGCUGCCAGCCUGGAGACAAGGAUUUCCAAUGAAAACUACAUUCCUCAUGGGCUGAAGGUGGUGCAGUGCCACAGCCAGGGCGGGCUGCGCUCCCUCAUGCAGCUGGAGAGCCGCUGGCGUCAGCACUUCCUGGACUCCAUGCAGCCCAGGCACCUGCCCCAGCAGUGGUCAGUGGACCACAACCACCAGAAGCUGCUCCGGAAAUAUGGGGAAGACCUUCCUGUCAAGCUGUCGUGAUAGCCGCUCUCCUCCCAGGUUAGCACAGCUGGGAAGCUGAGCCAAAGUGGGAAAGUCACCUCUUCCCAUGUCAUUAAUUGUCAGAGCCUAGUGUCACAACUUGGAAUGCUAACCCAUGCUGAUCCCAGGAUGCUUCUGCUGGAACCAGGCUGUUGCUUCAAGGGGAGCUUAUGGUUUUGAAUUUUAGUUGGGCCGGGUGAGAAUUCUUUUUGCCUCUCUCUUAUUUUAUUUUUGUGGACAAAAGGGCCUUGGCCUUUAUUUUACUUUCCUUCUUUUGCUUUCCCUGUGCAGACAGCAAAUGAAGGAUUCUCCCCUGAAGUGACUUAUCAAGACGCUCAGGUUUUUAAUACAUUUUUUCCCCGCCCAGUAUGUUGGUUUUUCUCAAACAGGGGCAGUCAAGUAUUUUAAUCCCAUUGGGUUAGGAUGGGAGAAAACAUUCUUGCAGAGGUUGGAGAGGUGAACAAGGAGUCAGAUUCAUUUUCCCAGUUCAAGCUCAUAAUUAUAAAUUCCUUGGCUUCAAGCUCUCCCACAGCUCACCUGGUUGAGAUCCAUCCCAUCUAGGUCACUUCAGUUUAUUUCCGUACUUGAGAAUGCUCCCCUUUACACAUCCAGGACCAAAGCAGCGACUUCCUGCCAUAUGCUUCCACCCUAACACUGGAGGAAACCCUUUUUUGGAAAUAGGUCUUCUAACUGGGUGGGGCAGAGAGAAGUACAAGCACCAUCUCUCAAGAGAACUUUGAUAUUUGCUCUGCUUUCCCUUUCAUGCUGUUUGUUGUCUGUCUGUUGCAAUCCUCUUGUCCAGAAGUGCGAGGUUUUUAGCUGAAUCCCUUUCUGAGAGGAAGAUUCUUUUCUUUCAGAAUCAGUGUCGGGUCCCUUCCGUGUUCUGUGUUCCUUCAGAUUUGUAAUACUGACCUCUUUUUAACACUUAAUUCUCUCUCGGAGUCCUUUGGUCAGGUUGUAUUGUGAGGAUUUCUCCACCUGCUUUCAUGCCUGGGACUCCGAGAUUAAUUCAUAUAUUUAGAUGUUCAAAACGGUGGUGUUUCAUUUCUUUAUGUGAAGCCACCACUUUGAGCAUGAAGUCAAGUUACUAGUAUUUUUUCUAAAGUAUGAGGAGAGCUUUUUUACUUUACAAGAUCGUGACAAACUUUAAUAAUAAUUUUAUGGCCAGAAUCCAACAGGAGCUGUUUUGAAAUUGUGCCCAAGUUGGUGAUGGUUGCUCUAACACUGAUAAAUAAAACUUCUUCUAAGCACAAAGCUCACUGAUGGUAAAUGUAAAAGUUUUUUCUUCACAGCUUUAUAAAAUCGGUAAAUAUUCUUGGGGGAGGAGAUAUCCAUUCCUCAGGUCCCUGCUGUGCGGCAGUGGCAUGACGUGCACACAGAUACACCACGCGCGGCGUGCGCACUGACGUACCAUGCGCGGUGUGCGCACUGACGUACCACGCACGGCGUGCACAUGGACGUACCACGCGCGGCGCAGCUUCAGGCUAUCAACCAGUGGCCCGGAAACGAAUGUACAUUUUGUGCUUCCGCCCCUUCAUUCCCUCUUGUCCUCAAACAGGCAUUCCUGGGCACUAAACUAGAGAUCCUUGAAAAUGAAUAGUACCAGCCACCCUGGGGACCGUCUGUUCAGAGGGGUAGGUUAUUGUGGGGCAUGUGCGUCAGUGGCUGGACCCCAUGCUCCGGAGUCCAGGGGUGAACCCUGGAGACUGAUGGGUGGUUGUUAGAGUAGUCAGACUUGCCACAAGGUGGCACUCACAGAUUUUGUGUUAUAUUCAUUAUUGAGAACUAGGGCUUUUUAUAUAUGGUUCCUGAACAUAACUGAUGACUUCUAUUUCCAAAUCUGUAUAGCUGAUUUGGGGUCAUUAUUGGAUAGGGUUACAAGAAAAACUUCCUCUGAAAUGGAGUAGGGUGCUUUCAUUCUCUUUCCCUGUGAUCCUCAUGCUAAGAGGGGAGAAACACAUACGAGGUUAUUUAGACAUACGAGGUUAUUUAGGUGCAGUGGUUGCUGUGGGAAGAAGCAAUAGAUUCUCCAGCAGUUUCCUGCAAAGCCCAGUAACAGAGCCAGCAGCCACCGUAGAGAAAGAAGCUAGACUGGCACAUGAGAUUCCUCACCCUCCUCGGAAGUUACUGUGUAGAUUUGACUCUGUUCUCUGAGUCAGCGUUUAGCACCCUUUCCUGAAGACUGACAAUGGUCAAAUGGACAAAAUACCUCAAAUGAGAUAUUUUAGGGCAGGCAUAUUAUAAAAGAAAUAUUUAUUGUUUUUUGCUGAUAGAAAAAUAGUGUAUGUUCAUUAGAAAUGAGUCUAAAGAAGGAAUAAAAAUCAUCCAUCUUCCCUCCGUCUAGAAAAGAGCUAACCUCCAUGAAUUUCCUUUCACUAUUUAAAAAUGCAUAAAAUACAAACAAAAAUUCAGAGUCGUGUGUGUACAUACACACACACACACACACACACACACACACAGCUUGGCAUCCUAUUUUUUCCCCCUCACAUAACAUGGUAGCACAAGUAAUUAAUUUCCUGUGCCCCUAAUCUUUGAAAGUAGAUUUCUAGUGGCUCUACCAUACUUUAGUUGUCCAUUCCCCCGUUGUUGAAAAUUUUGGUUGUUUCGGGUCCUUUGUUAAUGUCGGUGAUGCUGUGAUGAACUGUCCUUUGUAUAAAUCUUUGACUAUAUCUUUGAAAAUUUACUUAGGAUAGAAUCCUAGAGAUUGGAUGGGGCGGAGUGGGCUCACAUUGCUGGAGUGGGUACCAACUGUUAUCACCUUUGAGGAGCAUAUAUCAAGGGAUCGCUUCUCUCUAAUCCUGUAGCUCGUGUCCCAGUGCAUUUGCUGAGCCUGCAUGUGAGUGGUAGUGAGAGAACAGGGUCAUGGUGAGGGCUUCUCUGAAUGUGCCCUGAUCUAGACUCAGAGUCUUCUCUCUGCUUCCCCUUUGUGUCCCAUCCUUUAUUGACUCAUUUCCCCUUGAAGUCCAUGUUUUUUGGAAACACUGUUUAUUUUAGAAUAAAAACAUAAAAGUUACAGGCAGAUCUUUUUUGUGUGUACGAUGCACAAGCAAUCAGUGAUUUGCUAUCCUAAAGUGAACAAGGUACAAUAUUCAGGGAUUUGUUGCUUUUUAAGAGUGCAGCCAUAAGUUACUUAUUCUUAUCCAUGUCACGGAUGGAGAUCAGAUGACAAAAUGUGUUCUGUUGAAAUAAAGCCAUUUUAAUCCCUCAUUUUAGACUCUUAGAAACCCGGCAGGCAGAAAGAGCUUUUGUUCAGCUUCCUUUUCUACCUGUUAGUGUGGGGCCCUAACAUUUGAUUAUAAAUUCUUAGUUUACCUUACCUGUCUGAGUUUUUCAUUCAUUCGUUUAUCCUUUUUCCUUUUGUCCCCUUUCAUCAUGUCUCAUCAUCAUGAGAGGUAUCACCUUUUAAAGAAGACAGUUUCUUGGUUUGCUAGUUUACUAAUUAUUACAUUUUUUUUCAGUUUAAUUUAUUAUUAACAUAUAAUGUAUUAUUUGUUUCAGGGGUACAGGUCUGUGAUUUGUCAGUCUUACACAGUACACAGCGCUCACCCCAAUGUCCAUCACCCAGCCAUCCCAUCCCUCCCAUCGCCCUCCACUCCAGCAACCUUCAGUUUGUUUCCUGAGAUUAAGAGUCUCUUAUGGUUUGUCUCCCUCUCUGGUUUCG